UAAAUAUAAAUAUAUUUGUAUGCCACUUCACAAAAUCAAAAUCACACCUAUUAAGCGUAGUUCUGAAGCACAAAAACCAUUCAAACAAACAGAAGAAAACACAGAUCACAAGAACACCAACCAUUAUGGAUUCUUCACCAUCUAAGACAACCUGUGGUAUCUGCAAAGGAAGCCUAGAAAGGCAAGCCAUGUACACAGCUGAGUGCUCCCACUCAUUCCACUUCACCUGCAUUAAUAACACUUUUGCCAUCAACAAAUUCAAUCCAUUCUGCCCAAUUUGCUCAACCAAAUGGAACAAUCCUCCUUUCUCUAUGCCCAACUUCUAUAAUCCCCCCUCUAAUAAUAUUAAUCAAUCCCCCUUUAAUUUCCCUUCGUCUCCGUUUGGUUCCGUUAUCGAUGAAUGCAGACCUGUACUCGAAUCAGAGCCCCUUCAAUUCUCCGACGACGACCCCCUUCUAGAACCUUCUUCUUCUUCUUCGACCGUCGGCUUACAGAAAGUGACCGUCGAAGCCAUUCCCGAGCGCCAAGUGGUCGCUGCUUCGGAGUCGGUAUCUCUAUUUACAGUGCUUGUUAAAUUAAAGGGACCGCCGUUAUCCGCCGAAGCCCGUUCCUCUCGGCGGGCCCCGAUCGACCUUGUCACGGUUCUUGAUGUCAGCGGCAGCAUGCACGGGAACAAGCUUAGCCUCCUCAAACGGGCCGUGAAUUUCGUGAUCGAUGAGUUGGGCCCUUCUGACAGGCUGUCGAUAGUAUCUUUCAACUGUCAGGCUCGGAGAAUGUUCCGUUUGUCCAGAAUGACAGACGCCGGCAGACGAAACGCCAAGCUGGCGGUCGAUUCACUCUGCGCGAGCGGCCAAACUAAUAUAGUCGAGGGCCUGAAGAAGGGAGCACAGGUUCUAGAAGAACGGCGCUACAAGAAUCCCGUCUCGAGUAUCGUGUUCUUGUCCGACGGAAACGACACUUGCAAUGGCGGCUGGUAUGCAAGAAGUUCUCCUCCGGUAUACUUAAGUUUAUUGCCACCUUCUAUUUUCCCCAUAAAAAACAGUGGGCCCAGUGAGAUAGAAACUAUUCCUGUUCAUGCAUUUGGUUUUGGUUCGGAUCACGAUCCUGUUACAAUGCACGUGAUUUCUGAUGCGUCGAGCGGUACUUUCUCCUUCAUCCAGUCGUACGAAAUGGUACAAGACGCUUUCGCGAGCUGCAUCGGCGGUCUAUUGAGUGUGAUGACUCAAGGCCUCCGCCUGUCGAUGAGGUCAGCAUCGCAUGGGGUGGAGAUCAAGUCGAUACCUUCCGGAAGGUACUCGAGCGAAAUCACCGAUGGAGAAUCAAAAGGAACAAUCCACAUAGGUGACCUAUACGCCGACGAAGUGAAAGAAUUCUUGAUUAACUUGUCGGUCCCCGCACUUUUGAAUCCCAACGAAGAAGAAACCGAGAGGAAGACGUCGCUUUUGGACAUUGCGUGUUCGUACAAAGACAUUGUGUCGAAAGAGGCGGUGGAGAUUGAGUGUGAUCUGGUCGAGAUAAGACGCGUAAAGACCGUUUCGCCCUCGGAAAUGGCUGUGAAUUUGGAGGUGGAUAGGCAGAGGAACCGGCUGCGUGCGGCGGAGAGCAUAGCAGAGGCGCAAAAGAUGGCGGAGACGGGGGAUUUAUUUGGGGCGAGGUGUACGCUGUCUAAGGGUAGAACGGAGAUUUUCGGUUCGGCUGCGGGGCAAGCGGGGGAUAGUAUGUCCGCGUGGCUUGGAGCUGAUAUGAAGGAGACUGAGAGAAGAAUGGGGAGUGUGCAGCAAUAUCAACAAGAGGGACGAGCUUUUGCUCUGGCGGGAAUGAGUGCGCACGGUGCGCAAAGGGCUACGACCAAGGGGAAAAUGGUGGCCGGAGCGGGACCCACCGACAACAACUUUAGCUUCGGCUUAAGCAGCGUUUUUGGUGCAGCACCUUCUGGUGGUGGAGCUUUUGGUGCAGCAGCACCUGCUGGUGGCGGACUUUUUGGUGCAGCACCUUUUGGUGGUGGAGCUUUUGGUGCAGCACCUUCUGGUGGUGGAGCUUUUGGUGGCGGAUUUAUUGGUGCAGCACCAUCUGGUGGCGGAGUUUUUGGUGCAGCAGCAUCUGGUGACGGAGUUUUUGGUGCAGCACCAUCUGGUGGCGGAGUUUUUGGUGCAGCACCAUCUGGUGACGGAGUUUUUGGUGCAGCACCAUCGAGUAAUGUUUUCAGCGGAGUUUUUGGAGGUGGCGGAGUUUUUGGUGCAGCACCAUCGAGUAGUGUUUUCAGCGGAGGCUUUGGUGCAGCUUCUGGUGGUGGCUUCGGCGGAGGUUUCGGUGCACAACAAUGUGCAGCAGCUUCUGGUGGUGGCUUUGGCGGAGCUUACGGUGGCGGAGCUUAUGGUGGUGCAGCUUAUGAUCCUUAUGCUACACCAAGUAUGGCAAAUAUGGUGGUCAAGUCACAGCAAGUUAGCAAAACAAUGGAUGACAAGAAAUAGAGUUUCUUGAUUUUAGUUUUUUGCUAAUUAUUUUAUUUUUAUUUUUCUUUAUUUAUUUUUGGUUCA